GAUUAAUUGAUUGGACAUGCCAGGACACGCCCUUGCCGGGUCUUGGGUCGCGUGGACCCAUCGUGGUCGUCGUUUCUUAGCGUCUUAAGGCCAUGCAUGUCUCUGCUUAUGUCAGCCGUCCGCUGAUCUCUCACUUGCUCAUCGUCUGCGAGAGGCAUUUUGUUGCAUUAGUUCAGCCCAGCUUGUUUUCCUUCUUUCUGGCACACUCUGCCAACCCUUCUAAGCUUCCCGUCUGGCCCCUCGAAUAGUAGCUGGUGCGCGUUUCACCCGAUUUGACGAGCAAUCCGUUCAUCUGGAGAUCAGGCGACGUUGCAUAGCAGCGCAUGCCUCCCCCUCUCAUGUCUGAGGACAACAGGUCCAGCCACGCGAGAGGUCGACGUGUACUCGUCCUCUCAAAUCCCGAUCCAGGCGACUCAAGCAGUAGCGAAGACGACCGUCGUCGAGUUCGCCCGCAGCCCCCGACAUCCGACUCUUCUCUACACCAGCCUUCGCCUCCGCCUGUUCCGCCGUCACCUUAUCGCCCCAUAAAACCGGGGCCCCCCACGCCCCUAACAACGGACCUCCCUCGUCAUAUCACGUCUUCCCAUUCAAACCCCACCCUCUCUUCUCCUUCUAGCCAAAGCUCUAACGCCGUCGAAUCCACUCCGCCGCCCAGUACACCUGGUCAGGUUGUGCCGCCAGACAUCGCAGCCCCUUCGUUUACUCAUGAUGACGGUUCUUCCGUAAAUGAGCGCACAGAAGUGCACCACCCCAACCGCUUGCAAAAGCUUUCGGAUAAGAUCUGGAAGUCUCGUAGGCCAUCUUCGCAUCGACCAAUCGAACCAGAGUCAUCUGGAAACUCUUCUUCGUGUCGCUUGCCCAAUUCAAAGUCACAGGACCGAGCUGUUGUUAUCAUGGUCACGUACGAUUGCCAUGCUUAUACGGCUGUCGAUGUAACAUCCCCAAAGAGUGCUGCAUUCAUCUGGGAGCGAAUUUUCACCGAGCUCAAAAUUCCAGACGAAGAUCAGUCAUCUGAGUUUGCUAUUUACCGAACACAAGUGAGCAAGGCAGCUCUGGGAGAAGCCUUGAGCCACGAGAGCUUAUUCCGGUUGGUCCGAGACCACGGAGAUGCGGAAGGCAGUCUAAAAUUUCUCGUGUGCCACCCGCAAGCGCGAGUACAGGAAUCUUCCUUACCUACCUCACCAGUAUUGUCAAUUCCUCCGCCUCCGUCUGUCUUCGGCCCGCUUGUCCCUCGAUCGAAACCAUCCAAGUCCUCUCGUCAAGAGAGCAUUUCUUCUGAGGACCCCGCACCAGACACCGGCUAUGAGCCUUCAGCAGUAUCCGAUGAUUUUGAGGACGAGCAUAGGAGUACGAUACGCCCUCAGCAGUUCGCUGCAAAUUUCCCGAGGAGCUUUGUCUCGCCUUCCCAGGGUCCACGUUACGACAAUCGUCAACCCCCGUCACCUGCCUCCGCCAAACUGUCUUAUUCUGGUGACAGGCGCAGAAAAUUUGAGGCUGAUCACAAUCAAGGAAUAGCUUUACCUGCAUCUCCCUCUCCUCCGGUCUCGGAAGAUGUAUUAACCCCUCCGCGUCAGCAUGUCCGCAGAGGCUCGAACGCACGGGACGUUGAACAAACCCCCCGUGAGAACGACCGGAGCACUGAUCAUGCGGAUAAGGAGUGGUCACGCAAUCAGCCCAGUCCUCUCGGAGCACUCAGCAGAUGGAAAAUAUCUAACCAACGCCGUCGAGGCAGUCCGUCUACUUCAGAUGACCUGACCAGCGAGAGAUGGGCCCUGCCCCCCAAGGAACAAGAUUCAGCAAACAAUAAGUCUUCCACAGUGAUGACCAGAUCGUCCUCGUUUAAAAAGAAGGUGCCUAGGUUGGAUGGACCUCCUGUACCUCGACCACGUCAACCACCGCGCAGAAGCGGUGGACAACCUGCACCAGCUGGUCACAUGGUCGCCUGGAAGGCAUCAGACAAACCCCUGAAGAGUGCAAAGAGCAUGGAUAUGCUCAAAGUAAUUCCAACAGGCGCUCCACAUCUUCGCACUUCACCGAGUCGCCCGCAACUGCAUGUUUCGGCGAGUACUGGUCUUCCUAUCCCCAUCAGGCCUCUUCCGCUCACCCAAGCGUCUGCUGCUGAGCCCGCAAGUUCGGAACCCGGGCAAUCCACACGAUCUUUCUUGCAGUCUCCUCCUGCGAAUGUUUCGGGCGCUGCUUAUCCAUCACUUUCCCAGGAGUCAUGUUCGGGACCACAAACCACAUCUCCUUCACAACAGAGAUAUCUCAAGCCGAUUGAUGCUUCGGUUGCAGAACUCCCCCCGCGAGCGGGAGGUUCAACGUGCAUACACUGGUAUGCAUAACCCGUCUCACUCCACUGGGUCCCUUUCCAAGUUCGGAGAGACACCACUCCGAGAGGAAGGCUAUGGGGUCCCUACAUUGCCUGCGUCCUUGCGUCCUGGAGCCUACAGCAAUAUAGCAGCGCGUUCGUGUGACUCCCCAGACACUCCUCGCAGCCCUGUGGGUGCUUCGGGUCCGAGGAACACUUCCACAAGCUCCAGCAUAGGCUCAUAUUCCUCUUCUGGUACUAUGGUUCCAUCUAGGCAAUUAUCCUCUUCAACCGGGGAAGAUACUUUGUCCGAAUCAACUUUCCGGCCAGAUGA